AUGAGUACUCCAAGUAACACCAAGCAUUAUUCGCGACCUAAGAAGAAUACGAAAUAUGGUGAAAGUUCUUCCCAAGCAAAAGUUAGCAAGGAGCCAGUGACUUCUAAGCUCCUUGAUUUGGGCAGGUCCCUGAAGAAGUACUUUUUUAAGUCUCGAGCCAAUAAUAGUAAUAAUAAUGUUAAUAACAAUAAUAACAAUAAUAACAAUAAUAAAAACAGUAACUCUGGUUCUAAGAAGCCUUGGAAUCGAGACAAAGGAUAUGCUCAAGGAGAGGACCAGGCUCAGGAUCAAGAUCAAGAUGAUUUGAUGGACGGGAACAACGGAACUAGCCAUGCGCUUCCCAAAUAUGAUUAUUCUGUUUAUGUUCCUACUGGUGAUACAUCUGGUGACAGGGGAUUAAGACUGGUACGGUUUUCGAAGGUGAGGGCCUGGGAGACUGCGGAGAUCUUAAGUGAUACGUUAAUAUUCGAAAGAGGUGCUGAUGAAGAGGAAGAAAAUGAUACUGAAGCAGCAGCUUUUGAAUUUGAUCCGUAUCAGCCAACAAUUAAUAAUGAUGACAUAAAUAUGAAUCAAAUCAAUGAAGUAGAUGAAAAUGCACAUGAUGAUACUCAAAACUCAGCUAGUUUUGAUUCUGCAGCAGAUGAUGCCAUUAUUGUUGACGAGAAUGAAGAAAACCAAUCAGAUCAUCAAUAUGAAUGUGAUGAUUUUCGAUUUAGUAAUGAGCAGAAACCAUCCAUGAGUGGCCAUCGAGUAAAUGUUUAUUCUGAAGAUACUCCAACCCAGUCUCAAAGCUACACCCCAACACCAUUAUAUCAGUCUCGACAGCAUGAUAAUAAGAGCCAAGAAACGUCUUCAAGAUCUGAAAACAAUAUUCUAAAGACUAUACCCAGUUAUACCAGCGAAGAAACGAAUUUAGUUGUUGAAGUGUUCCAUAACUUCCAGGGCAAAAUGGGUGGACCUUUAAGUAAGGCAGCCAUUGAACAAGAGAAACGUGCCAUAGAUGAAUGCCGAACCACUAAAUAUACAGAGCUUGAAAAGAUGUAUCUUGCUACACGUUCAGUUGUGGCCAAACGUCGGAUUCAGGUACUACAGAAGAAAGACAUUUUUCUGAAGUUAUUUGGAAACAGUAACAGACUAAACAAAGAGUAUAUUACCAACAACACACUUUAUUCAUCAUUUGAUAGCCAUUCCAGUGCUCAGAAGGCGUAUCUAGAGGACAAACAAGAGGUUAAUUAUUUGUUGGAUGAGGAUAAAGCCAACGCCCAAGCUAUGGAUGAACUUCGAAAGAAACGCCUGUUACAUAUGAUUGAACAUCCAGUAAGACUGAUACGGAUGUGUGAAGAGCUUGACGAGAUUACUGUAGAGGAGUUGAAUAAGAUUGUUAGUCAAGAUCUUAGUGAUAUUUAUCAGCGGACUUUGACAGAGUACGAUAAGGCUAGUGGAAGCCAAUCAUUGCCCACCAGCUCUUCUGCAGCUGAUCGCUCCUUCUUGCAUGAGACAGUUAAAUCCUACGACACUUCAACAGUUGCACUGUUGUGUUUUUCACAUCUCCGAAGCUGCAUCAAGGCUGAGACAAACGAUGAGGUGUAA